AUGGCGGAAUCAAUAAACAGCAAAGGGACCUGUUCUAUAAUUGUUGAUGUUCUACCGCUACCCACAGUACCACCAACCGAGCAAGUGACAAUACCAAUGACAGGACCGUCAGAGUUGUCGACAGAAGCAAUCACUAUAAUGAUUAUUUCAUCUACCGUGGCUAUUGUGUUGCUCUUCGUUCUGGUAACAGUGGCUUUGGUUUGUCACUGGCAAAAAAAAUCAUUGAAUGAUAGGAUACAGCAACUGACACGUCCAAACUUUGACAGCAGACAACAACAGAGUUCAAACAUAUUCGACCCUCGACGAAAAAAUUGGCAACUUGCACGACCAUUGCCAGAGCCGUUCGAUCCUAUAGGUAAAGAUGGAUACUCUGAAAGUGUCUCGGAUUACCCGUCUCGCUACGAACAAUUUCUACGAGAAAAUCCCGACGCGUAUGAAUGGCAAGAAACACACUCCUCCCCGGACGUUUUCCAGGACUACUUGGAGAUAGGACUUCCAGAACCGGACUACUUAUAA